AUGACCAGCUCCGGGCCCCUAAAACAGCCUGGAUUCCCCACUGGGCCCGGUAUAUUCAACGUAAGUAUAAAAAGAUCAUCCAUCUUGCCUUUCCCAAUCUUGCACAAGGCGCAAGCCAGAACAUCGGACCCCCAACAUCUCCAGCGCCUUCCCGAGAAGCAACAGAACUUCCUAUCCACACCCCCAGUGCCGGUACCUUUUCGCGGAGCCCGGCUCUCCAAAAAUCGCGACAGUGGCGACCCCAAUUCCAACAGGGGAAGUGAAGGCUCCUGCAAGCCUUCCCGUGCCGCAAGAUGACCCGACAGCGCUCUCCAAGGAACUCGGUGGGCUCACCCCACGGCCCGUGUAUUCUUCCCCAGAUGAUGAAGUUAUGACCGAUGGCGGCUUUCAGGAGGAGGCCGCAGGUAUAGAGGGAGUGAACCCAAAGCAGAGUUGGUGGCGGAAAAAGCGCCAGUUCAAUCCCUUGAGGUGGGGACCUGUACCUCCAAUCCCAACCCAGAUGUCUGUGAGCAGGGAAGCAGAUGCGGGAUUCCUUAGCAGGACUACAUUCGCGUGGAUUGGUCCAUUGAUGAGAGUAGGGUACUCAAGACCGCUUGAGUCGGCCGAUAUACCACUAGUGGCGCCCAAUCGGGGUUCAACACUCAUCACGGACAAACUUCAGGCCUCGUUCGACCGGAGGAGAUCCCGCGGUGAUCAAUACCCAUUGCUAUGGUCUCUGAACGAGGUCUUCUUUAAGGAAUUCUGGCUGGGUGGGCUUUUCAGGAUUGUCGCCGAUUGUUUAUUAAUAUUUGUGCCGUUCGUGCUCAAGUGAGUAACCCACCGCCCUGUAGACCAGCAAUUCAUUUUUGUCCCAGUAACCGUACGCCCUCUAACCAAAGCAUCUCAGAUAUCUCAUUCGAUUUUCAGUCGAAGCGUAUACUGCUUCCGAGCGUGGAGUUCCUGGACCUCCUGUUGGUCGAGGUAUCGCACUUGCGUUCGGCCUAGCCCUCAUGCAAAUAUUCGGAUCACUAUUCACCAGUCAUUUCAUAUACCGCGGUAUGAUAGUUGGUGGCCAAGCACGGGCCGGGCUCAUCGGAAUGAUAUUCGCCAAAUCACUGAAGAUCUCCGGGAGAGCGCGGGCCGGUGGCGCACCAGGUGGGAAUAACAUGAGCGAUGCAGAAGCCAGCGCGGAUCAAAAGCGGAAGGAUAAGGAUAAGAAGGCUAAUGGCGAUGGAGAAGGGGUGGGUUGGUCUAAUGGUAGGGUUGUUAAUUUAAUGGGGACAGACUCAUAUAGAGUUGAUCAGGCGGCUUCCUGGUUUCAUCUAUUAUGGACAUCAGCGUUUCAGAUAAUAUUGACAUCGAUAUUACUACUUAUCAAUAUUUCGUACUCUGCCCUUGCUGGACUUGCGAUCCUAACCUUGGGAGUGCCGGCGGUGUCGUGGGUUGUCAAAAUUUUAGCAGCUCGCCGAAAAGUUAUGAAUCGAGUUACCGACAGACGAGUAGGAUUGACCCAAGAGAUUCUCCUGGGCGUGAGAUUCGUCAAGUUUUUUGGAUGGGAAAAGAGUUUCCUUCAGAGACUUGAAUCGCUCCGGAAUAAGGAGAUCAGUGCCAUCCAAUUCCUACUAGGGGUCAGAGCUGGAAUAAAUGCUGUUGGGAUGAGCCUUCCCACCCUUGCUUCAAUGCUCGCGUUCAUUACAUAUUCCCUCACCGACAAUAGCCUUGACCCCGCAGCCAUAUUCUCAUCACUUGCCCUAUUCAAUACCCUUCGUAUACCUCUCAACCUUCUUCCCGUGGUCAUUGCCCAGACAAUUGAUGCUUGGGUGUCUAUCCAGCGGAUGCAGGAUUAUCUACUCGCUGAGGAGAUAAAGGACGAAAUCGUAAUUGAUGAUAACCCAAAUUACGCCAUUGAGAUUUCUAAUGCGGGCUUCACCUGGGAGAGGGUGCAGGCGGAGGAGAGACCCGAUUCGGAUAAGACGAAAGGUGAACUAAAGGAGGCGAAACGCCAGAAAAAACUCGACAAAGGGUACAAAGCCGGAAGAGAACGAGACGGCGAACCAGAACCGGGAAGCGUUCCUACAGUCACACCCGCAGAGGAGCCCUUCUCCCUCAGGGAUAUCGACCUCCGUGUCGGCCAUCGGGAACUAAUUGCGAUCGUGGGCUCUGUUGGCAGUGGCAAGAGCUCUCUGUUAGCUGCCUUAGCCGGCGAUAUGAGAAAGACCUCCGGAAACAUCAAACGAGGGCCCCGCGUUGCCUAUUGCCCACAGUACGCUUGGAUACAAAAUGCGUCUGUUAGAGAGAAUAUCACAUUUGGACGUGAAUUUAAAGAGGAUUGGUACGCUGACGUAGUCGACGCUUGCGCACUGCAGCAAGAUCUGGAUAUGCUGCCCGAUGGUGACCAAACGGAGAUAGGCGAACGCGGGAUCACAAUUUCCGGCGGACAAAAGCAGAGGCUCAAUAUCGGUAGAGCAAUUUACUUUGAUGCCGAUAUCCUAUUGAUGGACGAUCCCUUGUCUGCCGUCGAUGCUCAUGUUGGCAAGCACCUAUUCGACAAGGCCAUAUGCGGACUCCUCAAAGAUAAAUGCCGGAUCCUUGCAACUCAUCAGCUGCAUGUCAUCAACAAGGUGGACCGAGUUGUCUGGAUGGAGGACGGGCGGAUAGAGGCUGUCGGCACAUUCGAUGAGUUGAUGGAGACCAGUGUGGAAUUUGCGAGAAUGAUGGGCGAGAUCGCAACCGAGUCGAAAGAGGAAGAGAAAAGGCCCCUCGCGGACGAUCAGAUCGAGGAGGAUGCGGCGGAGGAAGCGGAGGAGGCGGAGGAGGCGGAAAAGUCCAAGGACAACAAUAUUGGUGAAAAGGGUAACGGAUCGCAGGCAAAGGUACUAAUGCAGGCUGAGGAGAGAGCUGUUAAGAGUGUCCCUUGGAAUGUAUACAAAGCGUAUAUCAGAGCCUCUGGAAGUUACCUGGUCGCCCCAGGUGUUAUGUUUCUGUUGGCCAUCGCCCAAUCCUGCAAUAUUAUCACGACGCUCUGGCUCGGUUGGUGGAUCAGUGAUAGAUUUGGGCUUUCUCGGAGCACCUACAUUGUGAUGUUCGCUGCACUCGGUAUCGCGCAGAGUGUAUUGAUGUUUUCCUUCUCCAUCGCGCUUACUAUUGCUGGCACAAGAAGUAGUAAAGUGCUCAUGCACGAAGCCAUGAAUUCUGUUUUGAGGGCUCCAAUGUCAUUCUUCGACACCACUCCCAUUGGCAGGAUUGUCAACCGUUUUUCCAAAGAUGUGGAUAUAAUGGACAAUAAUCUCACGGAUGCUAUGAGAAUGUAUUUCUUUACUCUGUCAAUUAUAUUGUGCGUUUUCAUACUCACCAUUGUUUAUUUCCACUAUUUUGCUAUCGCGCUAGUGCCGUUGGCGAUUGGAUUUAUUUUUGCGGCAUCUUACUAUCGGGCAUCGGCACGCGAGGUCAAGCGGCAUGAGUCUGUUUUAAGGUCCGUGGUUUUCGCAAAGUUUGGAGAGGCGCUCACAGGGACGGCUUGUAUCAGAGCAUACGGCCUGCAACACAGGUUUGUCGCCGAGAUUCAAAAGGCGAUCGAUGGAAUGGAUUCGGCAUACUUUAUCACAUUCGCGAAUCAGAGGUGGCUGAGUUUGAGACUGGACGUCAUCGGCAAUUUGUGUAAGUCUUUCAAUCCCCCGCCCGACCAUGAUUGGGUUGGCAGUCUCGUGCUAACAUUCGUUGCCUUUUCCAGUGGUCUUUACGACAUCGAUUCUAGUGGUUACAUCCCGAUUUAG